AUGUCUGGCGAGUUGUUCAGCUCGCCCGCGCUCGGGGAUCAUAAAAAUCAGACACACACACACACAAAUUAUAUUUAUACCAAGUGGCUUUUUGUUCCCUCUGUCACUAUGGAAACAGUUUAUAGACUUUCUACUGGGCGAUCGGAGGAUGGCAAAGCCGUCUUGCCGUGUGCCGUACAUCAUUUAGGAACAAAACACGUCACAUGGCGAAGACUGGGAGAUAACCACUUUUUGUCCGUUGGUGACCUCACCUGGGUCAAGGACCCUAACAUAGACCUUCAGUACAAUGAGCUGACACCGGAAGUCACAGAAUGGAACUUGGUGAUCAAGAAGGUCACACCCCAACACAUUGGUACCUACGAGUGUAGAAUUAGCGACAGGGUCCAGCUUGUAAGGUUCAUACAUCUAGAUGUUGUAGGUCCACCCGUUGUUGAAGCAGUCACCUUCCCGCCCAUUGCCAUAUCCGGGAGGAACUACGUGGAGAUGGGGCAGCCGAUCCAUUUAUUCUGUAACACAACAGGACCCAAUGGAAUACACCUGAGCAUUGACUGGUUCAAAGAUGGCGACCGGAUAGAUCACAUUAACUACAGACACGUAGUCAUCACAAACUAUAAUUUGCUGGAGCCAAAUGUCCGCGUCAGUGAGCUCCUUAUAGACAGAAGCAAAGCCUCCGACACAGGUACUUAUAUCUGUAGAUCGGCAAACGGCUACAUCGACAGUAUGAAAGUCACAGUUCUCUUCGCUGAUACUACAAAUGUCAAGAGAGAAGCAGCGGAACAAAUAAGUCAAUUAACACUAUGGUCUCUCACUGGCUGGUCAAUGCAGCUAAGUUAUCCAUUUCAACUAGGAGAACAGCUGAGUCAACUAUAUAACCACAUCAACCGAGGAACAAUGCUUAUGUUAAAGCGGGACUCUGAGCACGUUUGGACGUGUCGGGAGUGCGUGAAGAUAACCCAGCUCAUAAUUUCUAACUCAGUUACCAGCUUGAUUAUUAUAUUUUCAUUGUACAUGACAUAA